GUGUGUGCGCGAUGGUCGACUCCGCCGGUUCGCUGCGGCCGCGCCGCUUGCUGCAGCUCCACGUGCCCCGCCGGACGAUCGAGCUGGUGGCGCUGAUGGCGGUGUCGAGCACACUGUUCCUGUUCAUGCACACCCGGGACCUGCACACGCGCCUGCGCGCCAUGGAGGGACGCCUGCAGACCGCGCCGGCCAGUGGCGGAGACAACCAUCUCUCCGGUUCGAGCUCCGGGGCGAGCAGCAGCCUGCAGCGGCAGCUCGCCGACUACGGGCUGUCUGAGGCAGACCUGGACUUGGAGCAGCUGAACAACACGCGGCGCGCAGCUGUGGACCUGGUGUUCUUCAACCGGGUGCCCAAGGUGGGCAGCCAGACGUUCAUGGAGCUGCUUCGCAGGCUCGCACUGCGCAACGGCUUCGCCUUCCACCGUGACCAGAUACAGCGCGUCGAGACCAUCCGGCUGGCGCCGCCAGACCAGGCGGCGCUGGCGGCUCACGUCAACAGCUUCGAGCCACCUGCAGUGUACGUCAAGCACGUCUGCUUCACCAAUUUCUCGCAGUACGGCCUGCCGGAGCCCAUCUACGUGAACCUGGUCCGUGACCCGGUGGAGCGCGUCAUCUCGUGGUACUACUACGUGCGUGCGCCCUGGUACUACGUGGAGCGCAAGCAGGCAUUCCCUGACAUCCCACUGCCGGACCCGCGCUGGCUCAAGAAGGACUUCGAGACGUGCGUGUUGCGCGGCGACCGAGAAUGCCGAUAUCUGGAGGGAGAGACGCGGGAGGGCAUAGGCGACCAUCGAAGACAGUCGCUCUUCUUCUGCGGACACGCCGACGCUUGCACGCCGUUCAACACGGUGGGCGCCCUGCAGCUGGCGAAGCGCGCUGUGGAGCGCCACUACGCCGUCGUGGGCGUGCUCGAGGAGCUCAACACGACGCUGGCCGUGCUCGAGCACUACGUGCCGCGCUUCUUCCGCGGCGCCGCCGACGUCUACUGGGGUGAGAUGGAGCGCUUCAUCCGCAUAAAUCGCAACAUGUUCAAACCGCCGGUGCGCGAGGAGGUGAAGGAUUUGGUGCGCGCCAACUUCACGCGCGAGACGGAGUUCUACCAGUUCUGCAGGCAGCGGCUGCACCGCCAGCUGCUCGCGUUGCGCCUCCCCUCCUGACGGGCCGGCUUCCCCCACCACCGCCACCGACGCCGCCCCCCGCCAACGCCGGCGGAGGGCGCCCGGAGCCAGCCUCAAGACUGAUCUGCCGCUCGUGGACUGUGCCUCCCUCCCAUGCACGUGUGUCCAGGCACACGGUCUGACUUCUUCCGCUGUGCGGAUUUCAUUCAACGUUCAUGUAUCCAUUAAAGUGACGUCGGUGUGUCCAGAUCACCCAGAGACAGUGUGUACCAUAGCAGUGUGCUCGCAACAAACGUGUGCAGAGAGAAAACAAGAAUACUCCGCAAUGUGAAAUCUUCACCUAUAUUCCGUACGCUACCUUGCACUGUGUGGUGGAGGGCACUUCUAGUGUCACUAUCACAUGCUUAAUUCUUCUUGAGACAUAGACUCCUGAAAUUUCAAUAGUAAACUUCUCCAUAAUGAACAAAUCCUCUCUGGUGGUGUCUACCACUGCAGUUUGUCGAGCAUCUUCAUAAUUCUCUCGCACUUACAAUCGUAACAAAACAUGCCACACACUGUUGGAUAUUCCCCCUGACCCUCCCCCCACUCUCUCCUAUUAAUCCAGCUUGUUAAAUGUCCCAAACUUACAAGUAAUACUCAAAACACAGUCAGACAAGUGUUUUUCAAGUCACUUGUUUUGUAGAUAAAUUACAUUUCCUUGGGAUUCUUCCAAUGACUGUCAGCUUGACAUCUGCUCCAGUUUUGUGAUCAUUCCAUUUUAGGUCACUCCAAAUGGUUACUCCUUGACAUUUUAUGGUUGUUACUGCUUCUAUGAUUUAUGGCCAAUAUUUUAAUCCAAAAGUAAUGAACCUCUUCACCUACUUAUGCACAAUAGAUGUAACAUUUAAUUACAUUCAGAAUCAACUGCUGGCCCCACACCAGUUAUUAAUUCUCUGCAAGUAUUUCUGGAUUUCUCUGCAUUUUUUGGGUGUUGCAAUCUUCCUGCAGAUGACAGUGUUGACCAAAACCAGCCUCGCAGAGAUUAUGAUAUUAUCCACCAGACCAUUUAGACACAUUGCAAACAGUAACAGCUUUAUAAUGCUCACUUGGAGUACUCCUGAAAUUAUUGUUAUGCACAUUGAUUUUGUCUCAUUAAGAACAAUGUGCUAAGUGCUGUAUCUGAGUAACUCCAAAAUGCCAUCACAAAUCUAAUCCAGUAUUCAGUAAACUCAUAUUUCGGUCAUUAAUUGAUAGUGCAGGACUUCUCCAAUUGUUCUUUCUGCCGACUGCCAGUUCUGGGGCCAUUUUCAGACUGAUAAGGGGGGGAGGGGGGUACUGUUUCCACUUUUGGUUCUCUCUUUACACGCUGAUAUACUCAGAACACUACCGUUAUCAAUUACUCAUGCAAUUUGUUAUUUCCUUUGUCACCCACAAUAAAAUCUACAAUGGCAAAAUAACCAUCAGUGUAUCUGUACUAGAAGAAAAAUCAACAUGAAAUGUUCAGUGUUUAUCAAUGUGUUCAUAGCCAUCAGUUACACUGUUGGCUAGUGCAUCACAUCAUAUACUGCCCCUUGCUAGUGGCAUUGCCCCAUCAAUAGCCUCAUGAGUUGCACACCACUCUUAAUGAAUGUCCAUAUUGAUAACCAUCUGCAUAUUUUUUUAUCUUCAUUGUUCUUAAAUGUGUACCAUUGUAUCUACUUCAUUGGUAACUUACUGUAUCUUGUACAAGCAAAUGAAACAUGAUACUGAUUGACAACAAUGUAAAAGGCGCUGGUUUAGUAUCUGGUAUCUACCUACAUGUUUUCAAUAGCAAUGUGGCAAGGAAUAGAAGCACCACAAUUCCUCCUAUGUAAUAGGUUAAAGACAGUGAUAGUUCUAUCAUUCAGCAGCCUUUAGGUAAGUUGAUAAAUCAGUGCAUUUGCUUAUCUUCACAGACUUCUUAGAGUGCAAGAAAGCAUUAGUAAAGGCUUUUCUGGAAACAAAAUAGGAGUGAAAAAGUCCUACUGAUCAAGGCUGUUUAUUGAGCCAGAACCCCAACCUGGAAACUUGCCUUUUGCAAGCAAUGCUCUUAAUCAACUGAACUAUCCCAGCACAACCUACAACCUCAUAUCCACAAUUCUAUUUUUAGUGAACACAUAAAAAACAAAUUCAUAAGGCCUUGUUCUCAAAUUUUCAACCCCAAGAUAGUUAUAAUUCUUUGCAAUACAAUGAACUUCCGUGCAGCAUUAAUCCUGUGAAAGAAAUCAUUAAGAAGCAAUGAUAAAGCAUCAGGAAAGAAAUAUAUAACUGCCAUAAGGAGUUCAAUUGUCUCACUGAAGACUAUCAGCAUUUCAGACACUAGUUUCUUGGAAAUGAUAAAUAAAGGCAUUCCAAAAUAAAUGAAUGUGUUAAGUACUGUAUCUUCUACUGGUUAUAAUUUGUUUGACCACUCUGCAUUAUUAGUGUUAACAGACAUCAAUUGAAUGUUGUUUAAGUAUAUAAAGACACACACCUAUAUCACUAUAACUUUCAUUAGGCCCUACUCUAAGAUCUUUCAGAAACUCAGCAAAGACGCUCAUACUAAAAUGAAGAUACACAGUGUGUGAAAUAAAGUUGUUGACUAUCUUUUCUGUAUAUGUAUUCAUGUCCACAUGAUGAAUGGCAGAGGAACAAACAGAAAAUGAUAAAUAAUUCAAUGUACUUGAGCUCUUUCGUACUGAUAAGAAAAUGUCCCGAACAAAUUGAUGACAGGAUUUACACAAUAUCAAAAACCAAUAUAUAUUGUGCACAAGAAGACAAAUAUAUUCAUUGUUGAAGUUCUGGGUAGUAAUGGUCACUAUAAAAUUCAUAACAUUCCAUUAUUCAACAUAUUCACAAAACAAUGCCUACAUUUCAUUGAUGAGAAAUUAUCCAUUUUUUUAACAAAGAAGAGAAAGUUUGUAAAUUAUCAUAAAUGUAUUUUUU